AGCCGGUGCAGUGUGUCAGGCGCUGGCGACAGAGGAAGAGGAGGAGGGUGAGGAGGAAGCACACACACUCUCUGCUCUCACUAGGAGGAGGAGUCGGAGCAGCAGCUGCAGCGGCGGCGGCCUGAGCGAUAGGAUGUCCCGACAUGAAGGUGUCAGCUGCGAUGCAUGUUUAAAAGGAAACUUCAGAGGCCGACGAUACAAGUGCUUAAUUUGCUACGACUACGACUUGUGUGCAUCCUGCUAUGAAAGUGGCGCAACAACGACAAGGCACACAACUGACCAUCCAAUGCAGUGCAUAUUGACAAGGGUAGACUUUGAUUUAUACUAUGGUGGGGAAGCUUUCUCUGUGGAGCAGCCGCAAUCUUUUACUUGUCCUUAUUGUGGUAAAAUGGGUUAUACCGAGACCUCUCUACAAGAGCAUGUGACAUCAGAGCACGCAGAAACCUCAACAGAAGUGAUAUGCCCAAUUUGUGCAGCAUUACCAGGGGGAGAUCCAAAUCAUGUCACAGAUGACUUUGCUGCCCAUCUUACACUUGAACACAGAGCUCCCAGGGAUCUAGAUGAAUCCAGUGGAGUUCGACACGUACGAAGGAUGUUUCACCCUGGCCGAGGGUUGGGUGGUCCACGAGCUCGACGAUCAAACAUGCACUUUACUAGCAGUUCCACUGGAGGGCUUUCAUCCUCGCAGAGCUCAUACUCACCAAGCAAUAGGGAAGCCAUGGAUCCUAUAGCCGAGCUAUUAUCCCAAUUAUCAGGGGUAAGGCGCUCAACGGGUGGUCAGCUUAACUCAACGGGUCCUUCUGCCUCUCAGUUGCAACAGCUCCAAAUGCAGUUACAGCUAGAGAGACAGCAGGCACAGGCAGCACGGCAACAAUUAGAAACGGCACGGAACGCCACAAGGCGCAACAAUGCAAGUAGUGUCACCACCACCAUCACCCAAUCAACAGCAGCAACCAACACAUCCAAUACGGAAAACAAUCAGCAAACAAUACAGAAUUCACAGUUUCUCCUCACAAGGUUGAAUGACCCCAAGAUGACAGAAGCUGAGCGACAGUCAUUAGAAAGUGAAAGGGCAGAUCGUAGCCUAUUCGUCCAAGAGCUACUGCUUUCUACAUUGAUGCAGGAAGAAAGCUCCUCCUCAGAUGAGGACGAGCGGGGGGAAAUAGCUGAUUUUGGGGCAAUGGGUUGUGUAGAUAUAAUGCCUUUAGAUGUUGCUUUAGAAAACUUAAACCUAAAAGAGAGCAAUAAAGGAAACGAGCCUCCGCCACCUCCUCUUUGAUGACAUCCCCCUUUGCAGACAAUGUCCUCUGUGCUGUAACUGCCAAUGAAAGUGGACAAACAACUAUCUUUGGGUUUGUUUUGGUGAUUGUAAUUUCCGGUCUGUCACUCUUGUUACAUUGUGUACAUUCAAAAAAAUGUAAAAAAAAAAAAUUUGAAAAAAGACAGAGGCAAAUAUAUAUGACAAAAUCACUUAACUAAUUUUUACUUCUAGCAGAUAUGCAUAGGUAGCAGUACCAGAGGCAGCUUGUCUGCUUCCUGUACCUUGACGCAAACAAAAAUAAAUAAAAAAAAGCUCUCCUAAUCUCCCACCUUCAAAACUGAAAACGGAAAAAAGUAUAUGGAAAAAAUCUCUAAUGAAGCUGCUGUGUGUAUUUAUGAAUAUUAAUUAAUAAAACUGCUUGGAUGGUUUACCGUAACUACUGCAUGAGGUUUUUUGCAGCGUGCAUGAGGUUUUAGUGACAUUGUCAUAAAAAAAAACAAAGAAAAAAAAAUAUGAGAAAAGUACAACUGGCUUAAUUUUUAAAACUUUAUUAGGCCAUAAAUCCCAAAGCUUUCCUAAACAUUAUUCAAAAGGUUUCAGCACCUGACGACAUGCAGCGUUAACCUGGACUAGUGGGUUGUGGCUUUGGAUCUUUUGAAUAAUGUGUGAGUGGUUUAUUUUAUGCAAGUUCUACAGUGGCAUUAACUGAAUGUUUAUUUGCCCAAUCGGAAACAUUAGACCGUUUCAGAUUACAUUUAAAAAAAGAGCAGUUGUGCUCAGGAAAGAAAUUUAAUUAAGGAAAAACUCCACAAAAAUGUAUAUUCUCUUACCUAUUAGUAAGGUGCAUGAUAUAAAUUGUAAUGAAGGUAAUUUUCUUAGCAGUGGCUGAGCUUGUGAGUUAUCCCCUCCCUUCUGGUCCUCAGCUGUGUCAUGUGACAGACACUGACUCUCCAGAUAAUACAGAAUCUUAUGUGUUAACAGGAAGUCAGUUUCUCUAUUCAUUUCAUGGGGGCCUCAUAGGAUUGAAUAGCGAAACGGACACCAUUUCCACACCAGUGGGUGAAGAUUUAAAGGCUGGUGGAAAGGAGAACUGGCUUAGUUGCCCAUAGCAACCAAUCGGAUUGAUCUUUCAUUUUCCAAAGAGGCUCGGAAAGUAAAAGGUGGAAUCUAAUUGUCUGCUGGGGCAAAUAAGCCAGUUUUCCUUUGAACUAGUUUUGAUAGGAGAGAUUUAUCGUGUCAGUUUGAGAAUCACCAUGUCGGUCACAUGACACAGCUGAGGACCAGAAGGGAGGUGAUAACUCACAACUACAGCCACUGGUUAAAAAAAAAAAAAAAAUACAAUUUACCUUUCUAAUGGGCCAGAGAAUAAAAAAAAAUAGCGGUAGUUCUGUAACUUACUACCUAGAAAGUAUUUGUUCCAUAUCUGACAAAUUUUCAUUGGCUAGUAUAAACCAAAUAUUUUGCCUUUUCGAAAAGGAUAUGUAAAGGACCGUUAGCAAAAAAUCCAUCUAAAUUGUUCUUAGUCUUUACCAUUUCCUACAAAGACAUUACAGUUAACCCACUGUUUGAAAUUGCACAUUUUGUGAUCCAACCAAUUUUGUUUUGUGUUUUUGUUAGCUUAUUUUCAUUUUUUUUAUGUGGUUGUUUAUAAAAAAAAGUAAAAAACAAAAAGUUUUCAACUGUUAAACUUGUUUUAUCCAAGUGUAGGCUGAUUCCUUUAAAUGCUGUUUAAAAACAAGUUAGCACAGAUUGUUGUCUUAGUUUUAAAAAAGCCCUUCUUUCACAUUCUUAAUAGUUUUUUUUCCCUGAAUUCUCUUAUUUAUGUAUUUGCUUAAUAGUUUGCAGAGACUUGUCCGCAAAAGGAGAGCUUGAGGAUCCCCGCCAGAUUUUUGUCAAUAUACUAUACAUAAUUCCUAAUGCUAAUGUUAGCACUUUUUUAUUUAUUGUUACUUUGAUUAUUCUUUCGGCAGCCUUUGAUUAAAAAUCAUGCCACCUACAUGCCUAUACUAUUAAUCCUAUUUGUAAAAAUAUGUACAGUGUUCUUUUUGUGCAUAGACUUUCAUAAAGGGCCUGACAUAGUGGGUAGAAGUUUUUGUUUUUCUUUUUGUUUUGCAAUGUAAAGUUAGCAUAUAAAGACAAUAAAAAAGAAGAGUACGCACAGCUUUCUGAUGAAUUUACAAAUAUACUAUCACUUGAUCAUGUAUGUGUUUGCUCCUCUCUUCCCUUUUCCCUCACUUAAAUUUGGUCAGUUUCUUGCAGCAUCACCUUGUGUACAAAAAGAAAAUGAACAGUGGUGUAUGUAAACCACAGUAACACUGAGUGUUAGUGCUCGUUCCCCCUCACUUUUGUCCCAAUAUCCUAUAUUUCUGCUCAUUCUAGCACUUGAAUGUUUUAUCCCAUCCAUGAGAGGGUUAUGGUGCUAAAAGGGUUAAGAGGAGAUACUGCUCAGUAUAUUGUAGUUGUUCAGCAUUUUUUUUUCUUUCCUUUUUUUGUUUUAUAUUUUGUUGAGGGUUUUUGAAAAAGAAAAAUUUAUCCACCACGUCUCUUCAAGCUGUAGUCUUUUCAAACCCAUUCUGCACAGUACAGCUAUUCAUUCAGUUCAAUAAAGUAUUUUCAAGACUGUU